AUGGCUGAAGUUUUGAGAAAAUGUAAAAUUAUUAUCUGGGAUAAUUGUUCAAUGGCCCACAAGCAUUCGCUUGAAGCUCUCGACAGGUCCCUGAAAGAUAUCAAAAAUAAUGCUCGGCUUUUCGGUGGUGCCAUACUGCUGCUGUCUGGUGAUUUCAGACAAACAUUACCAGUCAUUCCACGCGCGACAUAUGCAGACGAAAUAAACGGAUGUUUGAAAGAAUCGUAUCUAUUGCCAAGUGUCACUAAAUUAUGCCUUACUAUUAAUAUGCGCGUUCCACUUCAAAACGAUCCAUUAGCGUCAGGAUUCUCUGAACAAUUGUUAGACAGUGGCAACGGUAAAAUUCAAUUCUAUGAAGAUACACAAUAUACUCGACUUCCAGAGAAUUUUUGCAACCAAAGAUGA